GGCGGAAGUGAGGAGGGAACGGGGCGGCGGCGGCGCUGAGGAGCGCCCCACAGCCGCCCCACAUCCCCGCCGGUGCCCCACCACCAUGACCACCACCACCACCACCACCACCUCCUCCCUCGUCUCGCUCUGCGCCCGCCGCCUGGUCGCCCACCUCCCCAGCGCCCGCCGCUCUCUGCCGCUGCUCCCCGCCGAGUUGUACCCCGCUCUGCUCCAGGCUGCCCUCCUGGACUGCCGCGUUCCCCUCCUGCAGGACCUGGUGAGCUCCUGGCCUUUCCCAAUCCUCUCCCUACGCUGCGACCCCCAUCGCCACCCCGACCAGCUCUGCGUCCAGGCUGUUCUCCUGGCCGUCACCGCGGGGCUGCGGUCCGACGCCGGCCCACGGCCAUGUCUGCGUGUGCUGGACAUGACCGGCAUCCAGGACGGUGCCGAACACGGUCCGGACAGCGUCACCCUGUGGUCGAGGACAGUACUGCUGGCCAAAGCCUGCCUGGAAGCCUCACAACGCCGAACCGAACCGCGUGGCACCAAAGAUCAGAAGGGUUCCCCGGUGCCUGCAGUGGAAAUCCGCGUCGACCUCUUUGUCAACAGCACCUCCGGGGCCAUCCUGAGGGCGGCCCUACGGGGCAGAGGGGCCCUACGCCUGCGCUGCCGUGACUUCCACGCCGAGGAGCUUUCCCUAGGAGGCACCUUGGAUCUGUUGGAGGCCUUGGAGCCGGUCGGCUUGCGACGCGUCGAGCUGCGCUUCAACAACCUGGGGUUGGCCGGGCUGUGCCAGGUGGUGCCGCGGCUCGCUCGCUUCCCACACCUGGCCAGCUUGAGGUUGCCCUACAGCAACGUGGACGUGAGGAGGCCUGGGAUGGAAGAUGGGCUGAAGGAGCUGGCGGAAGCGUUGGGUUGGUUGCAUGGGCUGAGGGAGCUCAACCUGGGCUCAUGCCGGCUGGCGGGGCGGCUGCGGCUGCUGCUGGGGUCCCUGCGGCGCCCAUUGGAGAGCCUGGAGCUUCCCUUCUGCCACCUCCAGCCCUGCGACCUCACCUUCCUGGCCCACAGCCCUCACGCCCCGGCCCUGAAGAAGCUCGACCUGAGCGGCCACGACCUCUCCUCCUCCCUCCUCCCUCCCUUCCUCCAUCUCCUCCCGGCCGUCUCCUCCUCCCUCCGCCAUUUGGACGUGGCCGAAUGUCACCUCGGCGACCGCCACCUCCCCGUCCUGCUGCCGCCUCUCAGGCUCUGCGUCCACCUCUCCUACCUCGGCCUCUUUGGCAACCGCUUGUCCUCCGCGGGCCUGAAGGUUCUGCUGGAGGGGACCCUGCCCCUGUCCUCCCUUCGCCUCGUCGUCCACCCCUACCCCACGGAUUGCUGCGACAGCCACGAUGGGGACGGCGACGUCCCUGAGGGCUGCGUGGCUGCGCUGCAGGAGGAGCUGCGGGGGAUGCUGCGCUGCGCUGGCAGGGAGGAGGAGGUGUGGACCUGCAGCCUGCAGCAUCACGGCGGGUCCGACUUCUUUGUGCUGUGAGGUGCGGUGACAAAGGGACGCAGAGGGACAAAGGGGCGGCAGGAAUGGCGGCCAAGGGACGGCGGGACAUGAGGGGACAAAGGGACAACGGGAGAUGUGGUGAUGAAGGAACAACCGGGACAAAGGGACGGCAGGAGAUGUGGUGAUAAAGGAACAACCAGGACAAAGGGACAGCAGGAGUGGUGAUAAAGGAACAAGUGAGAGGAGUGGUGACAAAGGGACACAGAGGGACAAACGGACGGCAGGAAUGGUGACCAAGGGAUGGCGGGACAUGAGGGGACAAAGGGACACCGGGAGAUGUGGUGACAAAGGAACAACCAGGACAAAGGGACAGCAGGAGUGGUGAUAAAGGAACAACCAGGACAAAGGGACAGCAGGAGUGGUGAUAAAGAGACAACUGGGAGGUGUGGUGACAAAGGGACGCAGAGGGACAAAGGGACGGCAGGAAUGGCGGCCAAGGGACGGCGGGACAUGAGGGGACAAAGGGACACCGGGAGAUGUGGUGAUAAAGGAACAACCAGGACAAAGGGAUGGCAGGAGUGGUGAUAAAGGAACAAGUGAGAGGAGUGGGGACAAAGGGACACAGAGGGACAAAGGGACGGCAGGAAUGGCGGCCAAGGGAUGGCGGGACAUGAGGGGACAAAGGGACACCGGGAGAUGUGGUGAUAAAGGAACAACCAGGACAAAGGGACGGCAGGAGUGGUGAUAAAGGAACAAGCAGGAGGAGUGGUGACAAAGGGACGCAGAGGGACAAAGGGACGGCAGGAAUGGUGACCAAGGGAUGGUGGGACAUGAGGUGACAAAGGGACACCAGGAAUGGUGAUAAAGGAACAACCAGGACAUGUGGUGACAAAGGAACAAACAGGACAAAGGGACAGCAGGAGAUGUGGUGACAAAGGGACAGCAGGAGUGGUGAUAAAGGGACAACCAGGACAAAGGGAUGGCAGGAGUGGUGAUAAAGGAACAAGUGAGAGGAGUGGGGACAAAGGGACACAGAGGGACAAAGGGACGGUAGGAAUGGCGGCCAAGGGAUGGCGGGA